AUUUCGAGUAUUUUGCAACGGUGUGAAACUGUGUGUACGUGCAAACCUUUCUUAUAUUGCAGUGAUUGACCACAUUUGUAUUGAAUUUCUUUUGCUGAUUUUAUUCGCCGAAUGGUACGUGUGAGCGGCUGUCGUUUGUUGUUUAGUUAUUGCACAUCAUUGGUUCGCAGAAGUGCAUAUUCCACUAUGGGCGAAGCACAGGGAUUGACGGACAAGGAAGCAAAGGAACUGCUAAAACUUCCUGAUGCUGAAACGAAGGAUUUCAUUUUCCAACAAACCAUGUACCGAAUCAAAGACCCACGAGCUUCCAUUCCUUUCUACAACGAAGUUCUCGGCAUGAAUUUGUUGUGCAAAAUGGAUUUCCCAGAGGCGCAGUUCUCGCUUUACUUUAUGGGCUACGAGGACAUCGCAAACCAACCUUCUGACAAAAAGCAAUGCAUUCAAUGGGCCAUGAGUAGGAAGGCUACUUUGGAGCUGACUCAUAACUGGGGCACAGAAAGCGACCCGGAUCAGAAGUACCAUAACGGUAAUACCGAUCCGCGGGGAUACGGCCACAUUGGAAUCAUGGUACCGGAUGUGAACAAGGCUUGUGCACGGUUCGAUCAGCUCGGAGUGGAAUACAUCAAGCGCCCCGAGGAUGGUCGCAUGAAGGGGCUGGCCUUCAUUAAGGACCCGGACGGUUACUGGAUUGAGAUCUUCAACGCGUCGAAGGUUGCCGGAGUGUAAACGCCGGAUUCAUCACUUUUGGAAGUGAUCCAUCCCGCGUUCGUUCUAUCAAGCCCAGAGAGAAGUUUAUGACAUCGAAUGUCAAGUAUUUCUCGUUUUAAAAUUUUGUUGAAAAUUGUGCCUUAUAUUUAUUUGUUUCUUUGAAUUGUUUUGUUCGGAAGAUAUCGAUAGUGAGUCAAUAAACUUUGCUAACAUAAAA